AGUUCUGCGUCACGUCCGGUCUCAGUUCGCAGCCAGCGACUGGUCUCGGGGCCUAGCGACAAACAUGGCGGACUUAUCGCUGGACGAGCUGAUCCGGAAACGCGGCGUUAACGUCAACGCCAAAGGAAGACUGAACACCAGACCCAUUUUUGGAGGUAUCAGAUCCCGAAGUGGAGUCCACCAAACUUUUCUAAGCAGACCGGCACCAAGUGUUGGUUUCCAACGGACUUUUGAUGCCCGUCAAAAGAUUGGCCUUACUGAUGCCCGACACAAAAUUGGUGUGAAAGAUGCCAGAGAAAAAUUGCUUCAGAAGGAUGCAAGGUUUAAAAUCCAAGGGAAAGUACAGGAUGCACGGGAGAUGCUGAAUUCUCGAAAGCAACAAAGCAUUGAGAAGGUGGCAAAAGUUGUGGAUGCCAGAGAGAAGAUUAGUUUGAAAAGGAGUGCUCCAACUACAUCCACUGUGAACACUGUUGUGGAAACAGUGGCCCCUGCCAUGAAAAUCACAAAAACAAUUCAACAGAAAGCUGCAGCUCCAUCACAUAUUCACCCUGCGGGUAUGAAGGUCAAUAUCGUGAAUAAUCACACACACAAACAGUGCCUAUAUGACAUGGAAGAUGAUGAAGAAACUGUGUCUCCCCUUCCUAGCAAACAAAUGAAAAUUACCACCACAAACAGCUUUCUGCACAGUGCGGCUGGACUUAGUGGCAACAAGUUUUCUCUAUCAAAGACUGUUCCCCUCACAAAAGUAGUCCAGAAUGAUGCCUAUACAGCACCCCCAGCUCCACCUUCCCCCAUCCGAACAAAGGCCCUAACAAAUAUGUCUCGAACCUUGGUGACAAAAGAAGAACCCCCUAAAGAACUGGCACCUGUUGAGCCUGCCUUCAGCCCAUUAGAAGGUACUAAGAUGACUGUGAAUAAUUUGCAUCCUCGUGUCACAGAGGAGGACAUAGUUGAAUUAUUCUGUGUAUGUGGUGCCCUGAAACGAGCCCGUCUAGUGCACCCUGGAAUGGCUGAGGUGGUGUUUGUGAAAAAGGAAGAUGCCAUCACUGCAUAUAAGAAGUAUAAUAACAGAUGCCUAGAUGGGCAGCCAAUGAAGUGUAAUCUUCAUAUGAAUGGAAAUAUUAUCACAUCAGACCAACCUAUUUUACUCCGAUUGAGUGACACUCCCUCAGUGAAAAAGGAAGGUGAGCCACGUCGGACGAGUGCAGCAGCCUCCUCAAAUCCGCCGGCUGAAGUGGAUCCAGAUACCAUCUUGAAGGCUCUCUUCAAAUCCUCGGGGACAUCGGCUUCAGUGCAGCCUACAGAGUUCAAAAUCAAACUUUGAGGAGUGGCAGGCAAGGAGUGGACUGGAAAAUUUGUUGAGUGUGGAAAAUGCGGAGAUCAGUGCUGGAACACAAGUGUUGUGUUUCACCGUGCCGAAACAUUUGUUUUUCUACUAUUGCUACCUUCUUGUACAGUAGCGUUCUCCUUAAUGUGUGUGUUCUGUUUUCAUAGUUGAAGUUUCUGUUCACUUAUUUCUAAUGAAGUAUCUUCCCUUCCUCCAGUGCGAUAUAUCACCAAGCUUAGACCAUGUAACUCCUUUGUUCCACACCCCAACCCUUCUACAGUAUCCAGCUAGUAAAAGUUUACUUAGCAAAGGGCAUGGUAAAAAACUACUGGAGCUUGCAUCCAUUGAAUAAAAGAUACUUUUUACUGAUCAUAAAUUACAUUUCAUUUUAAUGCAACUGUGUCUGGGGCUGAGGCCAGGUAUAAUACUGUACUUCCAUACAUAUGGUAAUAGUUUUAGUUCUCUUGCGAUUUGAAAAUUAAUAAAGGUGAAACAGAAAAUGCUUCAUUCAUUGAAGCAACUGAUGGAAAAGACUGAAGGCAGUGAGAGUAUGUAUUGGUACAGGAACAUAACAUGUUCUUCAUCUUCCAUUGUCAUAGUAAUACUUUAUUAGUGCCCUGAGGAAGAAAUCAGCCCUGGCAUUGAUGUGAAUUUCAGUCCAAUUUGUCUCACAGAUUCACUUGUUCUGUGAGAUAGCAUGGGCUUGGUUCAAACAGCACAAAAAUGCUUCUUUCAUUUCUAGCAUCUAUUAUUAUGUUCUGCCUAGCCUCUUAUUGAAAAUAGUAUUUUAGGAAAGAAAAUACAGCACUUCUAGUUCAAUUUUACAGAAAAGGAGGCAACCACUCCUCUUGCAUGGUGUUUUACAGGCCCUGUAGGGAUUAGAGUUCCUCAUUUUGCUGGCCCUGAUGGCAUUGAAGUCACACAUAUGUUUUGCUAAACCUGGAUUGUUAGGAAACAUAAAGGUACCAGAACAAAAUAAAGAGAGAGAGGGGCAGAAGAAUUAGUCAAGUAGGGCUUUUCCCAACUGUCAUACUAUACUACCAACUCUCAUCCCUCAGCAAAAGUUACUCUUUCUAGCUGGAAGUUGGUUGAGUCACAUGCAAUAGCAGAAAACAAUCCUCAUCUUCUGCUCUCAAAAGGUUAUCAUUUGUAAUAACAGCAUAUUUCAGUAGUCCACUUUGUUUGUACAAGACUGAAGCUAUUUUGCAGCACUGUUCUGUUCUUUAUUUAUCUUCUCUGAAAAAUGGCGUGUGCCGUCAGAGUUGAUACAGUGGCGUACCUAUCUACCAGUUUGCCCUAGAACAGGGAAGGGGGCUGGGAAGGGAAAGAAUUCCCUAUGAGAUGCACCUCUCUAUGUGAGUUUUCUCUGACCUUGCUCCUGAGAGAUAAUUCCCUUUUGCAAGCCCCACAGAUAAUCAUUGAAAAUGGAAAAUGACCAAUCUUUUUCUUUUUGAUAUUUGUAUUAAAUCAAGACACAGAUAGCUACAGACUUUGGCUGAGGGCUUGAAUUUUUAUCCUUCCAAUUAUAGGAUGUAAGCAUUUCUAUUAAUUUGGGCUAAAAUGCUGUCGUGUAAAAAUACCUGCUUAUUUCUGUUGUAGAAUCUGCUGCUAGGUGGAUUCUGCGUUACCUUUGCUCUUCAUUCUACGUUGUCUUAGUUUAAUCUAAGAGCGACACAUGAGGGACAUCAUACUAUAAUCCUUCAGGAAAUGGAAGGAGCUUUAUACCCAAUGAAAUUUGCUGAUCUGGAUUACUAAUUUUGGACUGAUCAUAACUAAACCUGUGCUGGGGAGGUGUGCUUGUAAACUCCAGAUCUUUUGUACCGAACUGCUGUUCCUUGUACCUGUGCUACAUUUACAACUGUGAUUGGCUACAAGGAAAGGGAAGGUUGGGGCUGGAGGACACUAUGUAUUAUGUUUCUGAAUAAACAUUUGUUAUACAGAGA